UGCCAAAUUAACUUCUUUCCGACCCAUCUAAGACCCGACCGAAGGAAAUAUGAUCCACUGUAUUCAACCCAAUUCUUCAAGAAAAAAGCCGAAUCAAAUCUCAAAACACUGAAAAGUAACAAAAUUGGCCAUUGCAACUUCAAAAAUAAAUGUCAAACGAUUCGCAAACUCAGUCUCUGGCUUUCGGGUUACUAUGGCCGGAACUCAACGACGGUUUACACUACACCGACGUCGUUCCACCUUCCGGUUCCGAGCUUACUUUAAUAGAAUUUUACUCUAGCAUGUACAAAAAUUCGGCUCCUUUACAAGGUUGGUUGCAGCGAAUUCAAAAUGGACAGAUAUCAGUUGAUGGAAGAGUCGUUCAAGAUCCAAACGCGAUUCUCAGUGUUGGUUCAGAGUUAGUUUACCAUAGGCUUCCUUGGAAAGAACCAGACGCGCCUCACGUGCUUGAAGUAUUGUACGAGGAUGAUGAUAUGAUUGCUUUAAACAAGCCUUCUGGUCUUCAAGUUUUGCCUGGUGGUCUUUUCCAGCAACGAACUGUUUUAAGACAGCUUUAUUGGCGUGUAAGGAAGCAAAACUCUUCCUUAGCAAGUCAAGAAUCACAUCCUGUUCCUGUGCAUCGCCUAGGAAGGGGUACAUCAGGAAUAUUACUUUGUGCAAAGACAAAAGUUGCUAAAACUUGCCUUGCGGCAUAUUUUAGUGAUGGGACAUCUCUUGUUGGAGCUAACAGGAAAGCCAAACGUAGUGGUACCAGGAAAAUAUCAAAGAUAUACCGGGCACUUGUGACUGGGAUACUUGGUGAAGACAAGGUUGUUAUCAAUCAGCCAAUUGGAAUUGUGCGAUAUCCUGGGGUGGCCAAAGGACUAUAUGUUGCUUCACCCUCAGGGAAACCUGCUUUGAGCAAAGUUGAAGUUCUUGAGAGAGAUGGGCAGCAAAACCGCACAUUGGUCCAGGUUGAGAUUGAAUCUGGACGGCCUCACCAAAUACGAAUUCAUCUUUCUUUCAUGGGGCAUCCUUUGUUGGGUGAUCCACUUUAUAUUGCUGGUGGCCAACCAAGGCGGUUUGACUCUGAGUUUGUAGAUGAAAGUUAUGCACAAGAUGGAGGGUACCAGAGGCCUACGAACCCGGUUCCUGGAGACUGUGGCUAUUACUUGCAUGCACAUCAACUUGUUCUCUCACAUCCGACCAAGAAUGAGAUGAUUAAAAUCACUGCACCACUUCCAUCCAUCCUUAAAACGCGUGAUGAGCUCAAUAGCUCAAGGGAAUCCAUAUCCAUUAGCUCAGCUAAUUGAGAGAAGAAUGUCCAUUUAACAGCCUUUCUACCGCCACAUCAAUUUAGGAAAAAGUAAAGCAACCACCUUCCAUAGGAAUUAUUCAUCAUGUCUUAUUUUUAUCUUUUAGGUUUUUUUUUUUUUUUUUCCUUGUUUUACAAAGGAGGCGGUAGCCUAAAAAUAGGGGAAAUGAGUGCUAGUAUUGAAAUUUAAACACUAUACCUAUAGGAUGCUAUUCCUUUAAGGUGAUUAUAUGAACUAAUUGAACUAAGCUGUAAGUUAUUUUUUAAUGUUUGAUUGAUGCUUUACUGGCUUUUUCUUUUUGGUACAUAUGUGGGAGGUAGAAGGGAGAGUGGGGUUCCAACCCUAGAGAUUAGACCUCAUUCUUUCUAGGAAGGUAACACAACCUUCAGAAUUUCCAGUUUUUCUAAAGGACUAUCAUCAUGUCAGGUUUGAUCUAAUUUUAUAUCAAAUUUAUUCAGCUUCAGAAUUUUCAGUUUUUUUUUUUUUUUUUGAGACUUUUGUCAGGAUUUGAUCUAAUUUUAUGUUAAACUUAUUUAGUUACGUGUUGGUUUGAUUUGUCAGUUUUUUUUAUUUAAUUCACUGAGUUUUUAUGUCCUUAUAUGGAUGUAUAAUAUUUUCAGUGAGUUCAAUACCCUAUUAUUUAUCGAGUUUGAAACUUCAUUUGCAAGUACAAAGAAAAACGAAAUUAGCAAGAGGACAGUAAUUAUCUCAAAUGAACGUCUACAAGUGCAAGUCUGGCCCAAUUUAAAAUGGGUUACAAACCCAUUAACAAAAUCCCAAGCUGUCCUAAUUCAGCCCAAAAUAAAGGCCCAUUUGCAA